UAUCACCUCCUCAAUUCCUGCAGCAGUGAGGCUGAAGACCAUGUCCAAUGUGAUUCCUGCCAUUACCCUCAACAAUGGCGCAGAGAUGCCCUUUGUGGGUCUGGGGACGUGGAGGGCCGAGGCAGGCCACGUCAUCGAGGCGGUAAAAGAGUCCAUAAACGCGGGUUACCGGCACAUCGAUGCUGCAUAUGUGUACCAAAACGAGGACGAAGUCGGCGCUGGGGUUCAAGCGAUGACUGAGCAAGGAAAUGUGACGAGGGAAGAACUAUUCAUCGUGAGUAAGUUGUGGUGCACCUUCCAUCUUCCAUCUCUGGUAAGAAGGGUCUGUGAGAAGACUCUCAGCAACUUAAAACUGGACUACCUGGACCUGUAUCUCAUGCACUUCCCUAUGGGCGUCAAGGCCGGGGAUGAGCUUUUCCCCCUGGAUGAACACGAGCAGGUCAUUCCCGACGGGAGCAGCUUCCUGGACACGUGGGAGGCUAUGGAGGAGCUAGUGGACGCCGGUUUAGUCAAGGCUAUCGGCGUGUCAAACUUUAACAAGCAACAAAUCGAGGAUUUACUCAACAAGCCGGGCCUCAAGUACAAGCCGGUCUUAAACCAGGUUACAAACCGAGACAAGGAAGUUAUGAAAUAUGUGCACAAUUACGACGCAUUUGACAUGUGCGUAUAUAUACACUCGCAGAUCGAGUGUCAUCCAUUCCUGAACCAGGAGAAACUGAUCAAUUAUUGCCACUCAAAGAACAUCUCCGUCACAGCUUACAGUCCUCUAGGGUCCCCGGACAGACCAUGGGCAUUUGCAGAUGAACCUUCGCUCCUGGAUGAUGUUAAAGUCAAGGAAAUUGCUCAAAAGUACAAGAAGACUGCAGCACAGGUUCUAAUAAGGUUCCAUAUUCAACGUAACGUGACCGUCAUCGCCAAGUCUGUGAAGCCCCAUCGAAUCAAGGAGAACCUCCAGGUGUUUGACUUUGAGCUGAAUGAGGAGGACAUGAAGAGCCUCCUGAGUUUAAACAAGAAUUGGAGAGGUUUCCCAAUGUUAUGGGCCUCAAAACACAAAGACUAUCCACUGAAUGCUGAAUACUAACGCACGCCACUGGGUCAUCCACUUUUAUAGAUUCAUAAAGUUUAUUUAAUUGUAUCAUAGCCGUUUUGCUGCACAAUGUGGGUCAGUAUUAAAUAUACUACGUCUAUAUGUGAAAUGAAUAUAUCAAUUCCUGGUGU